AUGCCUAUCCCAACCGCCUACCAGGCCACAGCCGCUGCGUCCAAGAACACCACAUGGAGGUACAUAAUCGACUGGGCCAUCACCAAAAUUGUUAGCACUGGUGGAAGAUCAAACUCACCCACUAUCACUGCUGCUGAGCGUGUGGGCCCCUUCACCCACACCAUAGCCAACCCAAUUCUGGACGCGGCUCUCCUCGAUGGGAUCAAUCGCCAUCACUUUCUUGCAGGUGGGAGAAUGUCAAACUUUCUCACUGUCCCAUGCGCCCAGGCGGCCCAUCUCUUUUACAAUUUCAUCAAAUAUAGCGGCAGUAUCAUCCGCAACCCCAACGACCGACUUGAUAGGAAUCUUCCCGAUUUCUUUGUCCGUGUUAGCAGCCGUAGGACGACACAGAGGUGGAGGGAGAUGACCGGGGCGGAGCUUGAGGAGGCGGGGUUUGCGUAUGGGGAGGAUCUUGAAGUGUUGGAGAUGCAGGGGAUGAUGUUGAUGGGAUGGGUGGCUGAGGUGGAGGAUGAUGAGGAGACAGCAGCGAUCAAGGCCCUGUGGGGGUCGGAGACUGCGAUUGUCCGCUCCACAGCAUCGAAGUUGUAACCAGGAUUUGCGCUUAAGUCCAACCUAUAAAAUAUUCUUAGUUAUUACAAAUAACAAGUUGUUCUGGGGGGUAAUAUUAUGAGGCAUAAGGGAAGCUCACGGAAAGGAAACUAAUGUGGAC